CAACACAUUGAACCUCAUUGAACCUCUCAACGAUCGAAGUCAUCAUCAACAUUAUCAACACUUCACCAUUUCUACCAAUCUCAAUCGAUUUGGAAUCAGAACCCAAAUCAAUCUAGUAAACAAGCAAUCUUUAUUUUUCCAUCAUGAAGGUACUUUCAAUUCAAAUUCUAGUCAUUGAGCAGCCCAACAAACCACCAGCUGUUCCAGUCGCUCAGGCCUCUGAUCUUUCCUCUUUCAGCUUUUUACAACGGGGAAGCAUUGGCGAAUUUCUCAAUUUUCUUUCCAAGACCGUUGCCGAACGUACAUCAUCUGGUCAACGUCAAUCAGUUCAAGAAAACAACUAUACUGCACAUGCUUAUCUCCGUCCGGUCGACAAUCUGAUUGCGGUAAUCAUCACCGAUGAUGAAUAUCCCAUUCGAGCCGCAUUCUCCUUACUCAACAAGCUCCUUGACGAAUUUACUACCAAGUUCACUCAAUCUCAAUGGAAAGCUGCCUUAGCAAACCCAACAGGUGGUGUUGCAGCAUCUGGGAUCAAAUUUCCAACUAUAGAUGAAUAUUUGGUCAAAUACCAAGAUCCUAAGCAGGCUGAUACAAUCAUGAAGGUUCAACAAGAACUUGACGAAACCAAAAUCAUUCUGCACAAAACAAUAGAAUCUGUAUUAGAACGAGGAGAAAGUUUGGAUCGAUUGGUAGAUCGAUCAAACGCACUUAGUAGUCAAUCCAAGAUGUUUUACAAGACUGCCAAGAAACAAAACUCUUGUUGUAUAAUAUCUUGA